UCGCUGUGAGCGCUUGCCUUGUAAUGAAAAUAAGGAGUGCCAGAGCCUGCCUCUGAGAAUAACCUACUAUCACCUCUCUUUUCCUACCAACAUUCAAGUACCCACCGACAUUUUCCGCAUGGGCCCUUCCAAUGCUGUCCCUGGGGAUAAAAUUCUGCUGUCCAUCAUCAGCGGGAACCAGGAGGGUUUUUUCACCACAAAAAAAGUGAACAACCACAGUGGCAUUGUGGUCAUGCAGCGUGUCAGACUUGAAAAGACAGAUACUAUCCGUUGCAUUAAGUCUUGUCGACCAAAUGAUGUCAACUGUGUGUUGGAUCCAGUCCACACAAUUUCCCACACUGUCAUUUCAUUGCCCACGUUUAGAGAAUUUACAAGACCUGAAGAGAUUAUUUUUCUUCGUGCCGUCACACCUACAUAUCCAGCCAACCAGGCAGAUAUCAUAUUUGACAUAACAGAAGGAAAUUUAAGAGAUUCCUUUGAUAUCAUCAAGCGUUACAUGGAUGGUAUGACAGUGGGUGUAGUUCGCCAGGUGAGGCCCAUUGUUGGACCUUUCCAUGCCAUCCUGAAACUGGAGAUGAACUACGUCAUGGGUGGAGUGGUAUCUCAUCGUAACAUUGUCAAUGUUCACAUCUUUGUCUCCGAGUACUGGUUCUGAGAGAGUGUUUAAAAUCCCAGACAAGCAAGCCACUCCAACCUAAAUCAUUACCACAAACUAUUAUGUCAUAUACUUGUUUGUAAAACCAAUAGUGUUUUUUGUUUUAUUUUUAAAUAUUUGGUUUAUAGUUUAAGACAAAUAACAAGCUAUUAUGUUGAUUAGACAUAGGGUGGAGCAAAUGAAGUGAGCCUGAUGUAGUAGUUGUCUGUAUAAAUAAGUAGUGUGUAAAAGUGCUCAGCUGCCUAGUGAAAUUUAAAACUUUUCUAAAUGUUUAGGCAGAUCUUAACUAUUGCUCCUUGGCCAGAUAACCAGAGCGACUGAGGAUGUAGAACAAAAUAGAUGUCAGAAUUCAUUGGGAUGAACAUAUGGUAUCUUCGGAUGGAAGAAGUUUGGUAAGGAUUCGUGAUUUCAUCUCAAUAUUAACUACCUUGAAGGAGUCAGAUUGUCAGAAAGUGCUAAAUAUUUGCUUUUGGGCCCCAGUAGGGUAACUCUGAAUAGGCAUCCAGAAUUGCUAAUCCUUUCUGAAAAGUUUAGCUUAGAUAUUUAAAAAGCACCAUUUGGCUACGGCUACAAGAGGAAGUGCAAAAGGAAUUAGAAAUAGUAAGAGACUAACAAGCUAUUGCACAUAUUAAAAAAAUACUCCUUCUUUGUACUUAUUAUUUGAUUGUAAGAUUAUGUUUGAUUCUAAUUAAACAAAUACCUCUCACUGAAAUUAACCUCUUACAAGGAUAAGGCAUACUGUUUAAAUUCCAGUCUCAUCUAUACUCAGCGAUACAUGGAAACUCAGACCUUUAUCUCCUGUCUGUUAUAGAGUAAAGCUCCAUACUUUUUUUAAAUUGGUAAUAAAAUCAGCAUGUUAAACUGUACACUUCCUAUGCACCAAACCAAGGCAUAUGUAAUAAUAUAAUGAAACUCUCACAAAUAAAUAAAUGAAUGUUUAAUGUAUUUUAUAGGCAUCAAAGUAACGUAUCUUUUUUAUUACAGAACAGAAAAUAAAUAGCUCCAUGUUUUAGUUUGUUAUGUUUGUUAA